ACCGUGGGGGCAGCAGCUUGAGUAAGUUCCCCUUCCGCUUCCUCCUGCCCCACCACUGCUGCUCCUCAGCAGGCGCCUCACCAGCCUCCACACCCCUUGUGCCCGCAGAAACUCACCUGGCCCUGAGCUGUCACCACCGACACUCUCCAGGCCCCGGACACGAUGCAGGCCAUCAAGUGUGUGGUGGUGGGAGAUGGGGCCGUGGGCAAGACCUGCCUUCUCAUCAGCUAUACCACCAACGCCUUUCCUGGAGAGUACAUCCCCACCGUGUUUGACAACUAUUCAGCCAAUGUGAUGGUGGACAGCAAGCCAGUGAACCUGGGGCUGUGGGACACUGCUGGGCAGGAGGACUACGACCGUCUCCGGCCGCUCUCCUACCCACAGACGGACGUCUUCCUCAUCUGCUUCUCCCUCGUCAGCCCAGCCUCUUAUGAGAAUGUCCGCGCCAAGUGGUUCCCGGAAGUGCGGCACCACUGCCCCAGCACACCCAUCAUCCUGGUGGGCACCAAGCUGGACCUGCGGGACGACAAGGACACCAUCGAGAAACUGAAGGAGAAGAAGCUGGCUCCCAUCACCUACCCGCAGGGCCUGGCACUGGCCAAGGAGAUUGACUCGGUGAAAUACCUGGAGUGCUCAGCCCUCACCCAGAGAGGCCUGAAAACCGUGUUCGACGAGGCCAUCCGGGCCGUGCUGUGCCCUCAGCCCACGCGGCAGCAGAAGCGCUCCUGCAGCCUCCUCUAGGGGUAAGAGUCCCCCACUCUAGUGCCCAACUCCCACACACAGCAGGCCCUGGCUGAGCAGUGGCCUUUGGUUCACUGUGAUUGGCAUUUAGGCCAGGACAGAAAGAAAGUGGGUAUGGAGGUAGCCUCAGUUUCCCCAGCCUACUUGUCAUCUGCCUGGGCCAGUCUCCCUCUCUGGAGCUCAUUUUCCAGAGGCAAGGCCCAAGGUGUGAGUGAAUGCCUGGUAACCCCCACCCCCGGGCCACGGAGUGGGUGUCGCAGAGCCCCCACUCUGCCCAUCCCUGCAGGAGGUGAUGGAAAAGAUGCCUUGGUCCCUGGCCCUAGGAGAGCUCAGUCGAGCCAGGGAGAUCCUGCACCCACAUAUGUGCGUGGAGGUGGGAGAGCCUGAGCUAUGAGACCCAGGGGGCAGAUGGUGGGGUCAGUGAGUUGGAGGCAGCCCACAAGGCCUCCUGGAGGUGUGGGACCAGAAGAACAGAGAGGACUGGUGAGGUGGGGAGAGCAGCACUGGCAGUCCUGGUGGGAGUCAAACCUUGAGCAAAGGCCUGGAGGUGGGAAUGAGCUGUGAGCCAGGAAGGCGAGAGCUGUGGAUACUGUAUGUCCCCAAAUUCUCUUUCCCUGCUUAUCUUCCUUCCAGGUUACACUCCAGCGCUCCCACCUAGAUGGGUCUGAUCCUCCAGGAUCCCCACCCAAAGCCUGAUGGCACCCUGGCUGGCCAUGCUGUCCCCUCCCUGUGGCAUUUCUUAGCAGAUGGCUGUAGAGCUUCGUUGAUGGUCUUUUCUGUACUGGAGGCCUCCUGAGGUCAGGAAGGUGCAAAUUUGCAGGUGCUGCAUCCCAAGCCCCUCAUGCUCCUGCUUUCCUGAGGGCCAGAGGGGAGCCCCAGGACCCAUUAAACCACCCCCGUGUUCCUGCCAUCAGUGCCAGCUGCCGCAUAUGGAAGCAUCUACCCGUUCACUCCAGUCCCACCCCACGCCUGACUCCCCUCUGGAAACUGCAGGCCAGAUGGUUGCUGCCACAACUUGUGUACCUUCAGGGAUGGGGCUCUUACUCCCUCCUGAGGCCAGCUGCUCUAAUAUCGAUGGUCCUGCUUGCCAGAGACUUCCUCUACCCAGCAAAAAUGAGUGUCUCAGAAGUGUGCUCAUCUGGCCUCAGUUCUCCUCUUUUGGAACAACAUAAAACAAAUUUAAUUUUCUACGUCUCUGGGGAUAUCUGCUCAGCCAAUGGAAAAUCUGGGUUCAACCGGCCCCUGCCAUUUCUUAAGACUUUCUGCUCCACUCACAGGAUCCUGAGCUGCACUUACCUGUGAGAGUCUUCAAACUUUUAAACCUUGCCAGUCAGGACUUUUGCUAUUGCGAAUAGAAAACCCAACUCAACCUGCUUAAGUAGAAAAUAAAUUUAUUGAUUCAA